AAGGGGGGGGGGGGAUUUAUCACCUUAUCCUUUCCACCACCAUUCAGCUUCCAAAAAUGGCUACUUUCCGGUUCACAGCAUCCCCAUCCUUCACCACCACACUCCCCAAACACAACCACCCCACGGCCGCCCCUGCUCUUCACCUGAACCCUAAGCGCCAUCGUCCAGCGCCAUCGGCUAUUGUGCAUUCAUAUAAAGUGGUAAUCGAACACCAGGGUGAGUUGCGGGAGCUGGAAAUCGACCCCGAAGAGACCAUUCUGUCCAAGGCCUUGGACUCCGGCUUGGAAGUCCCUCACGACUGCAAGCUCGGCGUCUGCAUGACUUGCCCCGCUCGCCUCCUCAGCGGCUCCGUUGAUCAGAGCGAAGGAAUGCUUAGCGACGACGUCGUUGAGCGUGGCUACGCCCUCCUGUGUGCCUCGUACCCUCGAUCCGAUUGCCAUAUUAGGACUAUUCCCGAGGACGAGCUGCUUUCUAUGCAAUUGGCUACCGCCAACGACUGAUCCUCUCGGCUCUCGCUUUCGGUCGAGGAAUGUCGUUGCUUUAAUUUCGUGUCGCUGAACCCAAGUGGAGGUUUUGCUUGUUUCUGAUCAGUGGGUCUGAUUCUCAGAUUUGGUAAUAUACUUCGGUCAUCGAACAUAUUGGUUGAGAACUUGAGAUAGUCUUUCUAUGCAAAUCUUCUUUUUUUUUUGGGAAUUGUCAUCGACGCUUCAGGCUUUGUGCGCUUUAACUAGAUAACCUUCUCAGUUCGGUUAGAAUCAAAUGUAACCGCAUAUAAGUACAA